AUGCAUUACCCACGUAAUGGUGAAGUCAUAAUUGAUAGAUCAGCUGUGGUGCGAUUGUUCAGAUUGGAUAUCACGGAGGACGAAAAUGAAAUUGUCAUUCGAGGAAGGAAAGAUUCUAAUAUGGCUAUCUGUGAAAUGGAUAGCACACUAUCUGGCUCUCCUACCGAAGCAGUCAUAUCCUUUACCCUUCGCGAUUUCCUUCUUGAUGAACGGAUAGUAGCUCUGACUGAAAGUGGAGAGGAUCUCUCUAUUUUCGACGAAUCCAUACAUAUCACGAGAGAAGAAUUACUUCGUGACAUACAAAUCGGUCGUGAUGAAAAUGACAUGUUUAAACUUGGGGGGGGGGGGGGGGGGGGGGGGCGGUCGGUCAAAAGCCAGCCCAGAAGACAAAGAUUGUUAAGAGAGAAUCUCAACGGGUGA